AUGCAACUCGCCGAUGAGCUGCCCAUGAUCUAUACCGUGUUUAUCAUGUGCUAUGCCACAUUCUCCUACAAGAGAUCCCCGAGGACCCAGAUUCUGAUUGCCUUGGUCAUGAUUGGACUUGGCAUCUUCAUCACUGUUUACUAUCUUUAUGCCAAAAACCCAGUGUUUCACCAAGUGGCAUUUGCCCUUAUCACUGCCACCACCGUUUUCCGCGGCUUCUAUGUUAUGGAGUAUCAGUUGAGGCCGCAACUGAGGGAGAGAAACCCUACCCACUGCAGUCGGCUCAUGCGUGAGAUGUGGACGUUGGCCUUGGUUUCUAUCAUCACCUUUGUUGGUGGUUUUUUCAUCUGGAAUAUGGACAACAUCUUCUGCAAACAUCUCACCACCGCGAAGAACCAGCUACAGCUCCCCUGGUCGAUUGUACUUGAAGGUCAUGGAUGGUGGCACAUUCUUACUGGCCUAGGUGCAUACGAAAUGAUUCUCUGGCGCAUCUGGCUUGUUCGUUGCCUUGCUGGUGAGGAAGAGAAGUUCAUGCUUGACUGGAGGCCUUGGAGCUCCAUUCCCCAAGUCGUUCCCAGGACUCAAAAGGGCGCAACUAAGAGCAGCUGA